GAAACAGCCAUGGAUGAAGCCAUUAGCUCAAGCAAGACAGAAAGUAGUUCUGUAUCUGUUGAGACUGAAUUGUCUAGGCAGAUGAAUGAACUAGGGCUUCCUCUUUCCUUCUGCACAAACAAGGAGGUAAGGAGACAUUGCAAUCACAUUUCCUUAACUUGGAGGCAUUCAUAACCAUAUUCAAAUCACAAAGGUGAAAAGGUUAACCAAAUUUUUUCAACUUGAGGUGAAGAGACUUGUUAGUUGUCACACACACACACACACACUGAUUUUGCUAUCUUGGCAAUCUUUAUUUGCUAAAUUUUGUUUCAUGAUGUAUGUAUUUUUCUUUUAUCUGUAAUUAGUUAGCUUGUUGAAAUGAUACAAGGUUAAUCAAUAAGUUAAGGGGUUCAUACUUCAUAGUUCUCACUUUAUAUCCAUGUAGGAAUGUUUAUUACUUAUUACAAACUAACUACUGUUUCCUUUAUUUACAAUGAUGCUUAAUUCGGUUUUCCAGAAGAGAAAUGGAAAGGUCAGAGGAAAUAGAAAGUAUGUCAACAAGAAAGUUUUGCAUACACAUGAAGAAACUAGAGAUGAAGCUUCUUUAAAAGAUGACAUGCAAAUGGAAGCUACUCCAGAACAUGUUAAUGGUGGAACUUGUAGUGAUAUGAUUGUUGAUGACAAAAGGGAGAAUCCAAAAGAUGAAAGGAUUGAUGAUACAAUUGAUAGUGGAAGAAAUGAUGAAUCUGGAGAUUGGAUGAUAUAUUGGGAUGAGUUUUAUGAAAGAAACUACUAUUACAAUAGUAGAACACAUGAGUCAACAUGGGAACAACCUCCAGAAAUGGCAUACUUAGAUUCUGUUUAUGUGUUAAAUGAGAUGAAAGAGAUGGUGUUUAAAAUAGAUGAUGAAGCUUAUGCUAUUAAAAAUGAUAUCAAAGAGGAAAAUUCAGGUGUUUUGCAACAUGAUUGUAGGCUUUCAACUACUCUUUCUGAUGAUAAAUUAAAUGAACUUUUGAGUAGCAAAGAAGAUGAUGGAAAUAUGCAUCUCACACCAAAGAAAUUGUAUACUGAAGCUGAUGAUGUUGUUUACAAAAGAAAAAAGAAAGUGAAACGAACAAAGGCACACAAGAAAUCAUCUGUUGACAAUAAAGAGGUUGAAUUUGAGGUGUCAAUGGAUCCAAUUAUUAGCAAGUAUUGGUGUCAAAGAUACUUGCUUUUUUCAAAAUAUGAUGAGGGAAUAAAAAUGGAUGAAGAAGGUUGGUUUUCUGCAACUCCGGAAUGCAUAGCACGGCAUCACGCAUUCCGAUGUCGGAAUGGAAUCAUUGUUGAUUGUUUUACUGGAGUUGGUGGGAAUGCCAUCCGAUUUGCAUCAAACAGCAUCCACACAAUUGCAAUUGAUAUUGAUCCAAAGAAGAUCGAGUAUGCUCAACAUAAUGCAUCCAUUUAUGGAGUCAAACAUCUUAUAGAAUUUAUAACAGGCGACUCUUUCAUUUUAGCCCAAAACUUAAAGGCAGACACUGUGUUCUUGUCUCCACCCUGGGGUGGGCCCCACUAUGCUAAAGCAAGAAACUUUGACAUCAUCACUAUGCUCAAGCCACAUAACGGACAAUUUCUCUUCAAUGUGGCGAAACAAAUAGCUCCAAGAAUCGUUAUGUUUCUUCCAAGAAAUGUUGACAUCAAUCAACUAGCUGAGCUGUCACUUUCUGUUAAUCCUCCAUGGAAACUUGAGGUUGAAAAGAACUUUUUAAAUGGCAACUUGAAGGCUAUUACUGCCUACUUCACGGAUCCAUCAUUGUGAUAUUUAAAUGUUGUAGAUUUUGUAUAUGAAAAUUUAAACAUGUGUUGGUAUUUUUAUCUGAUUAUGAAUAUUCAAUAUACAAGCAUUGGAUUAUAAAUAUUCAAUAGAGAUGGAAGGUUUUAUGUUUGCUAACCAAA